GCUUCUUGGGUAAUGAGGAAGACGACAAACUCAGGGAACACGUGGCCAUCCAGUGGUUAAGUGAAUUUAAAUGCGUGAAUUAAAUCCCUUUGUAAUAUUGGUUGAAAAUUAAAGAAAUGUAUCUGUCUAAGGAUCAGACCAACAAAACCAAUGUUACUUGCAUAAGGAAUAGAAAAGAUGUUAUAUAUAACUUCAAAGUCUCCUUUUUCGCUAUGGGCCAACUGCCCAAUUUCCCAUGGAAUUUCCUUGAAAGGGAGCUCGAGAACGACAGCUCAUCAGAAAUUAUUCUAGACAUUCUAAAGCAGACAUGCCUUCAUCCAAUGUGCUGUAAACAUCCUCCCUCAGUUAGAUACAGGAGACUGUUUCUGUCUCAGCUCAUCAAAAUGCAUGAAGCCAGUGAGAGUGAGCCCCUGGAUGAGCUCUAUGUUGCACUGGGUGAAGUCCUGGGGGUAGAGGAGGGGACAGAGUGUUACAAGAGCUAUUUACUGCCGUGUGGAGAAGCAGUGAGUCUAUCAGAGAGUACAGCUGUGAUCUCUGAAGGAACUACAGGCCUGGUCACAUGGGAUGCUGCCCUCUAUCUAGCCGAAUGGGCUCUGGAGAACACACACAUCUUCACUGGCAGGACAGUCCUAGAGCUGGGCAGUGGGGUAGGGUUCACCGGUAUAGCAGUGUGUAGGUCCUGCAGUCCCUCCAGGUACGUGUUCAGUGACUGUCACCUCAGCGUUCUACAUAGACUGAGGGACAACGUCCAGCUCAAUGGGCUGGACAACCAGAACUCUCCCAGAGUGUCGGUGAGUGUGGAGGAUCUGGACUGGGAUGCGGUGACAGAGAAGCAGCUCAGAGAGAUCGGAGCCACCACGGUCAUCGCUGCAGACGUGGUUUACGAUCCAGAUAUCAUUGGCUGUCUGGUGAAGCUUUUCUCUAAGAUCCUGAGGUGUUCGGCCAAUGGCAGCCUUCCUGAUGUCUACGUCUCCUCCACCAUCAGAAACCCAGACACAUAUAACUGCUUUAAACACCAGCUAGAAAGUUCUGGAAUCCAACAUGAUGUCAUGACAGGACCAGUGACCCGUGUGUUCCUUUACAACAGACAAGCCACCAUAGAGAUGAUCAAACUCUACAUAUAAUAAUAAUAAUAAUAAUAAUAAUAAUAUAAUAGCUGCAUCCCAAAUGGCACUUUUGACCAGGGUCCAUAGGGCUGUGGUCAAAAGUAGUGCACUAGGUAGGGAAUAGGGUGCCAUUUGGGACACAGACGAUAUGACACCAAGCCAGACAUGUAUUACAGUGUAAUAAAGUCUUUAUUUACAUCAACAUA